AUAAAUGUAUGUAAACACGCGAUGUAACAAUAUUAACGGUCCAAAACCCUCUGUUCUUUCCAACACCCAUAACUAACUCAGCAUAGAAGGUUUCCCCUUCGUUUCCCAUAGCAACCAGACCGAGCUCGCGUUCUUCCAGGUCCAGACGGCAUGCGCUGCAGUAUGGGCUGCAUUAUUGAUGAUACCACAGAAACUUUAGCCGUCCCAGAACUUAUAAGACAAAAGAGGAAGGGAGGGAACACUGUAGCAACUCUUGACAGCAGCAGGAGGUUGUUGAUCCAUCUAAGGUGAUGUCACAGUGGCGAAGGAGCAGCUCAUAACCACAGUAAGAAGAAGCUGAGUCACAUAUAUCUUCAUCUGAGGGAAAAUUCGAUGGAGGAAUCUGACGACUUAGAUGAGGACGUCCAGGGAGAGGGCAAACCCACUGUGCUGUGGGAGAGGUGCAUUCAGCAGAGCAUUGUAUUUGAGCUCAGUGAGGAUGAAAGUCUCCACCUAAGUGAUCUAGAGAGCUCCUUAGGUUUACAUCUGUCCCAGGCAGAAUCAACUGCCUCAGAAGCAAACAUUCAUCUCAGCGGGAGUGCAGACCUAUCGGAAUUGGAUGAGUCCUCCUCAGAGAGCAGUGUUGCCCGUAGUAAUAGUGUAAAUGCUGUCAAAGACAAAAGUAAAAGCAUUACAGCGAAUGUUUCAGCCCAAAGACCUAACACCAUGAAUGAUGAGUCAUCAUUCAAGCAGGCGUUUGAGGACCCUGGACAAAACACCAGUGAUGAGGAGCAGGAGGAUCUGCCUUAUGACGAUGGCCUUGGAAGCCCGUACUUUAACCAACCUUGUAGUUCUUUAGGAAACUUAGAUAGAGGAAACGUGUUUAAUCGAAAUCCAAAUACUCCUGAACUGCCUGAGAAAGAAGAGAAAACCAACACCAAAUGGGACGAGGCUCCACCAUGCCCUCUCUCUACAGACAUCCCUCAUUUGUUGUUGCGUCACUUUUCUAAAGAGGAAGACCUGCUCAGACCAGAGAGGCUUAUUGAGACAGAGACUUUGCCAGAGGUGUCGCUGCUGGAAAGUGUGGACGAAUCUGUUUUUAGCUCGACUCCAAAAACCAACAGAUUAUUAAAUUCCAGCGGGGAAAGAGAAAACACCCAAGAAAGGAGGCAUAAUGCAACCACGAACGAAAGCCUGGAUGAAGAACCUGAAAAGAAAACUGAGGAUUUCUCUUUAGCUGAAACUGAAAAAAACACGUCCAGCUCUGGAAGUGUAAAACAGAGAAUAGGUACCAGUGCAGAUGAGACUGAGCAACACAAGACAAAAGAAGAUGAUCCGAAUCAGAGAGUACCUCUCAUUCGCACUAGAUCCUUUACUGAGAUGAAAUAUGGCCAGGGGCAAGUUCAUUACCCUCUCCCUGAUUUCUCCAAGGUGGCCCCGAAAGUAAAAAUUCCCAAAGCUCCAAGUGGACCCGUGAGACCAGUUCUCCAAAGCCCAAACACCAUUCACAGGGUCCAGUCUUCUCCGGGUAUGUUAGAGUUGAUCAGCAGAGUCCUGGAGGACUCAGUCCCCCCAUAUGUCUUCAAAGACAGUGAAAGCCAGACUCCGCCAGCAGUCGAGCAUCACUUGAAGACAGAAUAUGGCAAAUUAUCGACCAGGUAUGCAGAGUCAGAAAGCUUUGUGGACCAAAUGAAACCAGAAUCAAAUAAUCCUCCCUCCUCAGAUGAUCCGGGGAAAGAGCUGAAGUUUUCUGAAGAGACUAAUUCCAACUACUUGGUUUCUCCCCCUACCUGGUCAGAAAAUCUUGUUGAGAAAAGGCUUGAAUCAAUGCAGCCCCCAGUAGCCAUGGAAGCAAACAGAGUUUUAUCAAACCCAACUGAGGAUGUUCUUAGUGAUGGUGAGAGGAUGACCGCUGAGCUGAAAGAUAUAAUUGUCCAGUUCAUGCAGAAGGUUGAAGAAUUUAAAUGUAAUGUUACCAACAUGGCUGUAAGCACAGCUGAGCAACAAAUGAUGCUGAGGAGCAUGAUGGAGGCUCAGGAUGAGCUUGAGAGGAAAUACAUCAGUAAGAAGGACGAGCACAGAGCUCUGGAGAUGCAGAACUAUAUGGGUCUGUCUAGAAACACCGGCACCUUUGACCCCGACAGACUAGUGGAGGGAGACAUAUUCAGGAUAGGGAUGCACCUUGAGGAUAUUAAAGAAGUCAUUGACAGAAACACGUAUAAACAGAUUUCUCCACCCCACUCGUCCUCCACUCCCACAUCCAUCAGAGCCUCACCCCCCCCAAAGAUCGAUUCGCUUUGCUUUCACAAAAGGUCCCCUCCACCUGCACCUUCCCUUUAUGAGGGAAAAAGUUUUUUGACUAGUUUUAAAGAGGAGGCACAUAAAGGGGAAGAUGAAGGAGAAGUCGAUGACCUCAGUGAAGUCCAAGAACUGGGAACAAUGGAACUUAAAAAGGAAAUUGUGGACGAAACGUUGGACAAUUCACACGAGCUGACAGGCUCAGAGAAGGGACUGCUCUCUCAGACAGCAGAAGAUGAGCAGGAGACAUCCUCAGGUUUGUCAGACGGGACAGACCACAGGGAGUUUUUAGCUUCCCUCAGUGGAACCAGGUCGCCAUCAAACUGGAGGCAGUGGACUACUGACAGCGUUGUCCUGAAUACCAGCAGCGAAUGUGAGCUGGGUGAUGGUGUGAGUCUGGCGGUGGAGGUCUCCUGUUCUCAUCCUCCCAGAGACAACCACAGCACCCCAGAGCCUGUAGCUAACACCUCAUGUUUAUCACAGAGGAUUGUGUGUCCAGAGACAGAUAGUGGGUUUGGAAGCUCCUGUCUGCACCAGUCGGCCACUGAAGCUUUUCAAUCAAAUGCUCUCACAGGAAGCGUUCGCUUCAACUGUGAAGCUCUAAGUAACUCAGACAGUGAGGCUUCCUCCUCCAAUCUGGAGACAGCUAUCCAUGCGGUCGGUGAGGCUGCCCACCCAUCUAUCCAAACAAAGUACUGUGAAGCAGCAGCUGCAGUGGAGCUGUGGGUGGAGUGCACCACCAAGGAGCCAUCAGUCAGGCUGCAGGCUGACCAAACACAUCCUGCACUUCCCUGGGACUACAUAUCAGAGCCAACCCUCAGCAGCUCCAUGGGUGCUAUGGACAAUCACAGCCCACUGAACUCCUGUUCUUGUAACAGCGAGGCCAUCCUAGCCUUGCAGACAGAGGUAUCGAAGUUAAAGAGGGACCUAGAGCAGGGGUUAGUCCAGCUCCCCCACCUCACACAGAGGAUGGACUGUCUUAUUUCAAAGUACAGACAAGAGGAUUUAGAGCACAGGUCUAAAAUCCAAACUGACCAAACAUCAGCUUCAAAAAGUUUAAGGAAGUCAUGCAGCAGAAGCAGGAGCGACCUCACAUCCAGUCUAUUUAGGAUGAAAGACUCGAUUUCCUCAGACAAGGAAUUAAGAAAAACCAGAGCUACUGUGGGAACCUUCAAUGAGCAACAUUUGAAUCAAAGGCCACAAGCCAUUAAAGAUUUUAAUUUCAAGGAGAGGUUGUAUCCCUCUCUCCAGAAACCCCUCCUCCAGGUUAACUAUGGCUCCUCCUGCAGCCUGCCAGCCAGCUAUAAAGUCAGAGAGCUUCACCUGCAGUCCACAUCCUUUCACAGAAAACACUCCACCCAGUCGGACACUGCACUCUUGCCCAGCAACGUGUAUUUUCAGCAGACACUCUCUGCAUCCUCUGCUCCUGUCAGGGAUUCCUACAGACGCAGAGCCAAAAAGGAGGAGGACAUAAACAGGACUCUUGACCAGGCUAUUGAGGUUGCCCGCAUCAUGAAAAGGACCACAGAUCAUAUGGCCAGAAGACUUUCUGCUGACUUGGCCAAGGCAAAGCUGCACAAGAAGCUUCCCAACAUGUACCAAUAGGGGGCAGAAAACACCAACCUUUCGAAUUAUCAUCCAUUUCUACAUCCUCAUUAGACACCACUGUCAAGAGGGCUACAUUUGAGUUAUUAAGUGGUGCAUCAUGUGUUUCGGUCUUUGUUCAGUUAAUGACCUGGUAUAUCAAUGACUAAGUUCAUGUUUAUGAAUGUUCAUGUUUCAUUAGUUUGAGUUGGUUCCAGGUUCUUAAUCAUUAGCUGUUCAGAAACAAUAUAACAUUGAUGUUCUAACAACCUUUCUCACGAAGGAAUGCAUCAUUGAUGUUUGAUUAUUUGGUGCCAUAAGCUAUGAUAUCAGUUUUGGGCAAACUAAAGGCUGCAGAUGCUGGUGAAGAUUCACAGUCAUCCAGGUCACAGUCAUUCAAAAAAAAGUAAAAAAAAAAAAACAAUCCACUGGACUUUGUUUCCAAAUUU